AAUACCUCAAACUGCGCCAACAUCCAAUACUACUGCUACUACUACUCUUUUACUCUCUGAAGUGAUCAAGAAUAAUGGAUAUUUUUUGAAGCUAUUAUUCGGACCCACUUGCUGAUUCUUCAUCUCUGUCUGAUAGUAGCAGCUCCUGUGACAGAGCUAACCUUUCUGAUGAAGAAGUUAUGUUAGCUUCGAAUAAUCCUAAGAAGCGCGCCGGGAGGAAGAAGUUACGCGAAACUCGACAUCCAGUUUACAGGGGAGUGCGGAAGAGGAAUUCCGGCAAAUGGGUUUGUGAAGUGAGAGAACCCAAUAAGCAAUCAAGAAUAUGGCUGGGCACUUUCCCUUCUGCAGAAAUGGCGGCUAGAGCUCAUGACGUGGCGGCUAUUGCAUUAAGGGGCCGUUCUGCUUGCUUGAACUUCGCUGACUCUGCUUGGAAGUUGCAUAUUCCUGCUUCAACCGACGCCAAGGAUAUUCAGAAAGCGGCGGCUGAGGCCGCGGAGGCUUUCCGGACAUCGGAGGCCGAAAACAUGCCGGAAUACUCUGGAGAAGAUUCGAAGGAAGUGAACAGUACUCCUGAAAAUAUGUUUUAUAUGGAUGAGGAAGCGCUAUUUUGCAUGCCGGGAUUACUAGCGAAUAUGGCAGAAGGACUAAUGUUACCUCCACCUCAGUGUUCACAAAUUGGAGAUCAUAUGGAGGAUGAUUUUGAUAUGCCUUUGUGGAGUUAUUCUAUUUAAAUGUAGUUCUGGAUAUUACUUAGUACUACUUCUUUCGGGCAGUCUAUGACUUUCCUACCCUAUAAGUACAGUUCCUUGAAUCAAAAUUUAGGAGUUAUUGGUAAGUUCCGUACUCAAUAUUUUGAUGGUACGGAGUGUAUAUAGGCAUUGUAAUUUAGUACCAUGUAGAUAGUAGUACUCGUAUGUUCUAUUUAGUGGUUCUGGUUAAAUGCUAGACAUUGGCCUAUAUAGGUGUUUAAUCAAAAAGUGAAAUUUCAGUCAAAA